GACUGUACAAACGAAAAGCCAACGUGUGUACAAAAAUUCUUUUUCUCGACGGGUUUUCAAAACGCAGUGAAGUGGUCGGAGCGCUUGAACCUGCUCCAGGAGUGGCGCAACAUUGCCGCAAAAUAUCCUCGAUUGAAUGUUACUAUUUACGAGCCGUUCAGUAUGUACGCUGACCAGCUUCUUACGAUUGUUCCGGUGACAAAAUCGACAGUAAUAUUUGCAUUUGUUGCGAUGGCUAUUGUGCUGAUGGUUUUCACGCCUUGCCUAACAACGAUCCUCUCAUCAACGCUCUCCAUCCUAUCCAUCAAUCUGGGAGUUCUUGGAUCUCUUACCUACUGGGACAUCGAUUUGGAUCCCAUCUCAAUGGCUACCAUACUUAUGGCCAUUGGCUUCUCUGUCGAUUUCAUUGCUCACAUUACAUUCCAUUACUACAAGGGACAAGCAAGGGUACAUUUUUUAAAUGACUACAUUCCGUUAUGCAUAUUUUUCGUAUCCAAUCAUUUUUAA